AUGGCAAACCCUACGAAGAGCGACGCUCUCCGGCCUCGGCCCAUCUGGGAGCCUACCAUGCCCCAAGACCAAAUACCCAUGAACAUCUAUCGUGCGCAUAUCAACAAGAAGUUCAAUCAACAGCUUUGCUCCUCCCAUGAUCUGCAUCAAUGGUCCAUUGAGAAUCUGCAGGAUUUCUGGACAGACCUCCAUGGCUAUACGGGAAUUAUUCCGUCCUUGCCUCCGACAGUACCAUCCGCAUUCGAUCCUAGCACGCCCAUGGAGAAGGUUCCCAAAUUCUUCCCUGGAGUAACUGUCAACUAUGCAGAGAAUGUUGUGUCUAACCGGGACAUGAACAAGACAGCUCUUGUUGGAGUUCGAGAGGGCCAGGAUCUGAGUGGGGAGGUGUGGACAUGGGGAUUAUUGAGGGAGAAUGUCAGAAAGGCAAGGAGUGCUUUGCUCCAGGCAGGUAUUAAGGAAGGAGAUCGAGUUGCUGCUAUCAUCUCGAACAGCGUCUGGUCGAUCGGUCUGUUCCUAGCGACUGCCAGUAUCGGCGCGAUUUGGACUAGUAUUGCACCGGAUUUGGGUGACGAGGGCUGUGUUUCACGGUUGCAACAAGUCACUCCUCGACUUCUCUUUGCAGAUGCCGAGUCCACGUACAAGGGGAAAAUGCGAUCGAACGUUGCUAAGAUCCAAAGCAUCGUGAAGGCAUUGGGCUCAAAACCACAAGUGUUUUUGAUUCCCAUAACGGGGGGCCAUGAGCCGGUGUUCCCCAGUCUCGAUCACUUUCUGUCAACUUCACGACGGGAGGACAAGCUAGAGUUUAAAAGAGUGUCCUUCUCUCACCCACUCUACAUCUUGUACACCAGCGGCACCACCGGUCAGCCCAAGUGUCUAGUGCACAGCCACAGUGUUAUUUUGCAGCACAAGAAGACAUCCGUACUGCACAACUCUUUGACAUCCGAGGAUGUUGUUUUCCAGUACAGCAGUACCUCAUGGGUCUUGUGGAAUGUCAUGGUCGGUCACCUGUCCGUGGGUCCGACUCUGAUUCUAUACGACGGAUCUCCGUUGUGGCCCAGUGCCAAAGGACUGGCAAAAAUUGCCGAAUACCAUAAAGUCUCAUACUGGGGCUGCUCUCCUCGCUAUCUGCAGGAGCUCGAGAUGACCGGCUGCAUCCCAAAGAACGAGUUCGACCUAUCGUCCCUCAGAAUGGUGCAAACGGGUGGCUCUCAUCUAGGUGAAGACCAGUAUCACUGGUUCUACCGCACAUUCCCCUCGAGCGUUCAUCUCACCAGUGUAACAGGUGCAACGGACUUGGCAACGUCUUGGAUUGGGACUGAUCCUGCGGGCCCACUGUACCCUGGAGAGAUUCAGCUUCCCAUGCUUGGACACGACUUGGACAUCGCCGAUCCUGCCACGGGAGAUUCUAUUAAGACCACUGGAAGACAUGGUGAGUUUGUCUGUCGCAAGCCCUUCCCCUCAAUGCCGGUCUUUUUCUGGGGCGAUGAAGAUGGAUCGAAGUACAAGAGCGCAUAUUUCGAGAAAUUCGAAAAUUGUUGGGCUCAACACGAUUGGGCGAGCUAUAACCCACAAACGAAAGGUUGGCAGAUUCAUGGAAGGAGGCAAGUUACAUUUCCCUGUAACGAUGGUGUCCUGAAUCCGCAGGGUAUUCGUUUCGGGUCGGCAGACAUAUACUCGAUCACCGAAUCAGCUCCUUUCAACUCGGCUAUAUCAACUACUUUCUGUGUGGGGCGUCGACGACCUCAUGACUCUGAUGAAGUUGUAUUUCUGUUCGUCAUCAUGCAACCUGGAAAACCGUUCACGGGCCAACUUGCUGUCGAGCUCAAGGAUGCAAUUCGCAAAGGCUUGAGCAGUAAACAUGUUCCUCGCUUCAUGAUUGGGGUCAAAGAAGUUCCUAUGACGGUGAACGGUAAAAAGGUCGAGACAUUGGUCAAACAGGUUAUUUCGUCUGGCCAGCUACCCAAGAUUAUUAGCAGCACCGUUGCGAAUCCUGGGUCUCUGGAUCACUUCAGGCAGUAUUAUGAACUUGAGCCGGUGCAACAAACUGUGGGUGGUAUUUUGAAAGAAAAAUGGGAGAGGAACUUUUGUACAUAG